UCUUCGCAUAUCCAAUUCCCAGAAGAAGAAAAAAAAACAUAAAAACCCGAACAUAUCGCAGAUCCAAAAAAAAUCAAAAUACCAAAAAAGCAAAAAAAAAAAAUGCUUCGUCUCCGAUUCAAUCCUCGGCGACUGUAUCUCCGCCGACUACCUCGAUCCUUCUCCACUUCUCCUCCGCCGAGCAAUGGCUCCUCGACCACGAGCCCUUUCACGAACCGAAACGACCCUCACCUCUCUCCGUCUCCUCCUCCGCCUCCGCCUCCGCCGUCGCAACCGCCAUCGCUUUACUCCUCCAUCUCCGCCGUUCGAUCUUCUUCCUCCUCGAGGAAAACCGUUUUUGCUUUAUCCUUUGCCGCUCUCUCCACCGCGAUUGCCUACGCGGCGGUUUUCUCUUCCUUUCGCUUCAUGUGCGACAGCAGCAGUUACGGAUCAAACCACCGCGUAUACGAGUCCGUCGAGCAUGCGAUUCAGAAAUCCGGCGAUUCCUUUCGGAGGGUGAUUCACCAUGCGAAGCAAACAGGUGUUGCGGCUUCGGUUCUGUGGCAGUCGCUAAGAUCGGUGCUAUCGUCGGCGAACCAUGAGGUGCGUGUGGGAUUCGAGCUGCGUGUAGCGGCUCUGCUUGCGGACAUUGCGUCGGCGAGUGGUGCUCGUAGGGAGGCUCUGGUCGCAGCUGGCGGUGGUGCGGUGGUUGAUUGGUUGUUGGAGACGGUGGCUGUCCCCCUAGACAGAAUUGGGGUUCGGGACGAAGCGGCGAGGGCGUUGGCAUACCUUAUUGCCGACCCGAAUGUUCGGAAGGACGCUCUUGGAAGGCCUCACGCGGUCCCCAACCUGCUGAAGUUCAUAUUCUCGUGCCAACCAAAGACGAAGAAGCAUUCAAGACGUAGUUCAUUCGAUAUUUCUGAUUCUUUGAAAGGUAGGAGUAUGCUUGUGGCUGCCAUAAUGGAUGUCGUCACAUCCAACUGUGACAACAUAGAAAAAAUGUCUUUUAAGCCAUCGUUGCCGGGAAAUGCUGAGAUGCGAGAUAUUGCUGCAGCCAUUCAAGUGGUUGAGGAAGGGGGUGUGUUUUUUGAUGAGCUGGAUAAUGAUGAUGAUGAUGACGAUGGAAGAGGUGGAAUGAAGGGAAUUGGAAUUAAAAUCCUUGAAGGAACUACAGUUCUCGGACUAUCAAGGACUAGCGGGCUUGCCCCAUUGGGUAACCCUGACGCUAACGGUGUAGAGGAAAUUUCAAAAAGUUUUGCAUUGAUAAGCAAACAUGAUAAUUCACAAUCACAGGCAAAUUUGUCGUCUGCCGUGAUUCCUGGCCUGUGGGAUGAUUUGCAUUGUCAGCAUGUUGCGGUGCCAUUUGCUGCAUGGGCAUUGGCGAACUGGGCAAUGGCCUCAGGUACCAAUCGAUAUCAUAUCCAAGAACUUGAUUGUGAUGGGCAAGUUGUCAUGACAGCUCUGAUGGCACCUGAGAGGACUGUGAAAUGGCAUGGGAGUUUGGUUGCUCGACUGUUAUUGGAGGAUCAUGAUCUCCCGUUAAGUGAUUCUGUUUCUGAUUGGAGUUCCAGUUUACUCGCCACAGUUUCACAUGCUAGUAAAACUGAGGAUAUCUCAUUGGCUCAAGUUGCACUGUCUGCCUUUUUAGUAUCCGUUGACCGAAGUGAGCGAGCGCGGAUGAUGGUGAUGGAGAAGGGUCUUCAUCUGAUGAGAGAUAGCGCAAGGAGAACGAGAAAGCACAAAACAGUACAGGAAAGUUUGGCUAAGGCUCUAGAAUUAUUGUGUUCGGGUGACAUGCAUUUAAGUCUUGAAGAGAGUCAGAAAUGGUCUGGUAUAUUACUUUCUUGGGUUCUUGGAAAAGUUGCAUCUGAUACUAUCCACGAUUCAGCUACAAGAAUACUUUCACGCAUUCUUGAGGAUUAUGGGCCACACUCUGUGCCAAUUUCUCAGGCGUGGUUAGCUCUCACUAUGAAUGAGAUUUUGAAUUGCUGCAAAACAUCGUCAACUAAAGGAACUAGCCUACCUAACAAUGAGAAGAUGAAGGUAGAUCAGUCAAAAGUUACUUCUGCUACUCUGUCAAACAAUCAGCUAGCAAGCUCUGUUGUUGGUCUUGCCAUGGCUCAACUGGGUACGGUCACAGAUUCUAUUGAUACCUUGGCACUGGCAGAUCUGCUCCUUCUUGAGCCUUUUGCAGGUCCACUUAAGAAUUUAAAGAAAGACAGUCCCCCUAAACUUAAUGCCUCUGAUUCUGCAUUGGCGACUCUUAAAGCAAUCAAGUCACUGACUGAGGUCUGUACAGAAGAUUCUGUAUGUCAGAGAAAAAUAGUUGAUUUUGGCAUUCUCUGUUUGCUAAGACGCUUUCUGUUAUGUGAUGAUUAUGAGAAGCUAGCUGCCAUAGAAGCUUAUGAUGCGUCCAGAGCCCUUGAGGCACGAGAACGAGCUUCAAAUAGUCCUCACGAAUCUGAAGUUGUAAAGACACAGGAUCCAUCUAGUGUCAGAGUCCCAGCUAGUGCGCACAUUCGAAGGCAUGCCGCUAGAUUGUUAACCAUUCUUUCACUUCUUCCAGAAGUACAGGAUGCCAUUUUAGCUGAUCAAACAUGGUGCAAAUGGCUUGAUGAUUGUGCAAAUGGGAAAAUUCAAGGGUGCGGUGACCUUAAGAUACAGAGUUAUGCAAAGGCUACUCUGUUACAUAUAUAUUGCAAUCACCACGAUGGUAAUGACUCUGGAAAUGAUGGCAUUUCGAGGACAGACAUAUCAAACAAGAGUAGUAAUUGUCCCCGCUAUGGUGACAUGAUAUUUCUAAUUAAUCCUGGACUACCCCAUUGGAGAUGUCCUGAAAAAGUACAUCAAAACGAUCAGACGACUGAAUCUUCUCCUAGUGAUGCUGAAUCAACCAGCCGUUCUGAUACAGUUGUAGAUCGAGUAUUUGAUGCUGGUGAUAUGUCAAGUUCUGCUGAUUCUUCUAGUAGUGUUUCACAUUUGCAUGAGCCUAUGCUUGAUGUUAUCUUUAUCCAUGGAUUACGUGGAGGGCCCUUCAAAACUUGGCGCAUAGCUGAGGACAAGUCCUCUACCAAGUCUGGUUUGGUGGAGAAGAUUGAUCAGGAAGCAGGGAAGCUCGGAACAUUUUGGCCCGGUGAGUGGCUCUCCAAUGAUUUCCCUCAGGCUCGCUUGUUUACCAUUAAAUACAAGACAAACCUCACGCAAUGGUCUGGAGCUAGCUUGCCUCUUCAGGAAGUCAGCUCCAUGCUAUUGGAAAAGCUUGUUUCCGCUGGCAUUGGGGAACGUCCUGUUGUUUUCGUGACUCACAGUAUGGGAGGCCUUGUCGUGAAGCAGAUACUACACAAAGCAAAGGAAGAAAAAUUCGAUAAACUGGUGAACAACACCGUUGGAGUUGUAUUUUACAGCUGCCCACAUUUUGGCAGCAAGCUCGCUGACAUGCCCUGGCGAAUGGGUCUCGUGUUGCGUCCAGCACCAUCUAUUGGGGAGCUAAGAAGUGGUUCUCCAAGACUAGUGGAGCUCAAUGACUUUGUUCGGCAGCUCCACAAGAAAGGCAUUCUCGAUGUCCUUAGUUUCUGCGAGACGAAAGUAACCCCAAUCGUCGAAGGCUAUGGAGGAUGGGCUUUUCGGAUGGAGGUUGUACCAAUCGAAUCUGCAUAUCCAGGAUUCGGCGAACUUGUUGUUUUGGAGUCGACGGACCACAUAAAUUCAUGUAAACCACUGAGCCGGUCUGAUCCGUCUUACACCGAGACAUUACAGUUCUUGCGUAAGCUUAGGGCUCGACGUUCGCAAUCUCGUGGGCCGUCUCGGGUUAAUGAAGAAUCAGGUAGACAAGAUUAACUCCCUGUUCGGUAUUAGACUCCUCACAAGAUAGAAAAUCCAGAUUCAUCUAAUGGGCAAAAAUCAUAAUGUUUUUAUUUUUGUUUGCCAAAAUCGACUUAGAAUGUUUUGUUGUGGCAAUUGAUUGAUUCAUUGGCUCUGAUAUCUGCUUUUUUGUACAUAAACAGAGCAUCUUCAGUUCCUUCCUUGGCUCCUCUUGUGUAUAUUAUCAAAGUAUUAUACCCAUAUAUAUAUAUAUAUAUAUAUAUAUAUAUAUGUUAACCCAUUUGAUUUGA